UAUGAUUUAUGUCAUUUGGACUUCAUAUUUUAAUCUUAGUACUAUUAUCAUUGCUUUACAUACUAUAAUUCCUUCUUUGAGGCUAGAGUUGGAAGAAAAAAAUUAAUGGAAUGCCCUAGCCAGAAAAUUAUGGACAAUAUCUCGGAAAAACGGUGUAGCGGACUUGAGGUCGGAAUAGGAAGUAACAUGAAUUAUGAAGAUAUAGAGAAGAAAAUUCCUUCUUGUUGCUUGAAGGCUAAAGUUUCAGUCCCUAAACUUGAGGGAAAGUGUCAUUCUACUGUCGUUUCUGGAUGGUUCUCACAGUCUCAAUCAUCCUCUGGUGAAGUUGUUUAUUUCAACAAUCCAAUGUGGCCAGGAGAAGCACAUUCAAUUAAAGUAGAAAAAAAAUUGUACGAGGAAAAAUCAAAUUUCCAAGAGGUUUUGGUUUUUGAGUCAUUAACAUAUGGGAAAGUGCUUGUACUUGAUGGAAUUGUUCAGUUGACUGAGAAGGAUGAAUGUGCUUACCAAGAGAUGAUAACUCAUCUCCCUCUUUGUUCAAUUCAGUCCCCCAAAACAGUUUUAGUUGUUGGUGGUGGAGAUGGUGGAGUUCUAAGGGAAGUAUGCCGCCACAGUUCUGUAACUCAUGUUGAUAUUUGUGAGAUAGAUAAAAUGGUUAUUGAUGUUUCUAAGAAGUACUUUCCAGAGUUAGCUGUUGGAUUUGAAGAUCCUAGAGUACACCUGCAUGUUGGUGAUGCUGUUGAAUUUCUUAGAUUCACUCCUGAAGGAAAGUAUGAUGCUAUAAUUGUUGAUUCCUCUGAUCCAGUUGGUCCUGCUCAGGAACUUGUAGAGAAACCAUUUUUUGUGACAUUAGCAAAAGCAUUAAGACCUGGUGGAGUGCUAUGUAAUAUGGCAGAAAGUAUGUGGCUUCAUACUCAUCUUAUUCAGGACAUGAUCUCCAUUUGUCAACAAACAUUUGCUUCUGUACGUUAUGCAUGGACAACUGUUCCAACAUAUCCAAGUGGUGUGAUAGGCUUUAUCUUAUGCUCAAAAGAGGGGCCACCAGUUGAUUUUGUAAAUCCCAUCAAUCCUAUUGAAAUAUUUGAAGGCACUGCUAAGUACACAAGAGAACUUAGAUUCUAUAACUCAGAGAUGCACAAAGCUGCAUUUGCUUUACCAGCAUUUUUGAAGAGGGAGGUAAAACUGCUGCGUGACACUGCAUCUAUAGCACAUACCAAUAGCAAUGGAUGUUAAUUUGCAUUAUUUUUCAAGGCCCUCAAUUACCAGCUUCUUGUCACAGGAAUAGUUAUUCCGAGUAUUUUUAUACGGCGUCUACAAACGAUAUGUUAGAAUUGUAAUAACCCUACUCAUUUCUGUUACUUUCAUGGAUAUAUAAUAGUUGGGAAUGCAAUAAUGCCCAUAAGAAUGUAGUUGGAACUAAAACAUUUCAUAUAUGCUUUUCUAAGUUUUCAAUCUCGAAUCAGGGGAAUGAAUAGCUCAACUGAUUUGAACUAAGAGUUUUAUAGGUUCAAACUUGGCAAAGGUGAAAAGUAUUAACCUAGCAACUAAUUACUUCAAAAAAAAAUCACAGAAGUUUUCAAUCCCAUACAUACAUGUAACUACGGGAUAUGAAUGUUAAAACUCAUCUUGCGCCUAUAGGAGUUGACAGUGGUUAUAAAAACUUGAGGAUUAACCCUCAUUGUUCCUAUGAUUGAGAUUGAUUCCCAGAGUGUUGGGCAACAAACAAACAUGAUUCUAGCGUGAAGGAAAAAA